AGUGAAACGGUAUUCCGGGGUUUUUGUAGUGAAAGCGGCUCCUAGUAAAUAGCUAUCAUUUAUCGGAUGGAUUUUCGAUACGUUGCUGUAAUAAAAUCAUUAUUUGGGUGAACAAAAAUAUUAAAAUGGCUGAAAAGUUUGAUAAUCUUGAGGAGCACCUGGAGAAAUUCAUCGAGAACAUUCGACAGCUGGGAAUCAUCGUCAGUGACUUCCAGCCGAGUAGCCAGGCGGUUCUGAACCAGAAACUGAACUUCAUGAUAUCUGGGCUACAAGACAUCGACAAGUGCCAAAAGCAGCUUAAUGACAUCAACGUCCCCCUGGAGGUGUUUGAGUACAUCGACCAAGGACGAAACCCUCAGCUGUACACUAAGGAAUGUCUGGAAAGAGCCUUGGCAAGGAACGAGCAGGUCAAAGGAAAGAUAGACACUAUGACGAAAUUCAAGAGUCUCUUGAUUUCUGAGCUCAGCAAAGUGUUCCCUGAGGAAAUGGCCAAAUACAAAGAGAAACGUGGAGAAGACGGGCCUUCCUAGUGACUACAGCACAGCGCCACCCCCUGACCAACGACCUGUGACCCCCUGCUGGAUGGAAAGUCUAAAUGGAGUUCAAACAAGCUGUAUGUUCGGUUGCAGCAAGCAUGUGAUAACUGCUUUUUAUUUCUCCUCAAGGUUGUAUGUCAGAGCUGCCAAUCACCCCCUUCCUGUACAGUGAAACUUAUUUAAAUCAUUCUUGUUGGUGGAAACUAAAGUACCUUUUU